AUCCACUCGGCAGCCCGUCCAACAUUAUUCUACCGUCUCUCUCUCUCUCUCCCCUGAAAAAAGAAAAGAAAAAGGGAGCGGCCGCCGGCGUAAGCGGCGGAGGCGGAGGCGGAGGGAAGAAAGGUGCGGCCUUUCUUGCCUAAAAUUCCAGCGGCGGAGGCGAAUCCAAGGGGAGGGAGGGAGGGAGGCUAAAUCCUCGUCGUUCGUCUCCCGGAUCGCCAUUUCCGCGCGAGCGAGAGAUUCGUCCUCCGCCGGCGGAGAUGCAGGCCGCCGCCCCGUGGAGCAAGGGCCUCCCCGGCCUGCGGAGCCACCUCUGCGCCGCCGCGUCGUUCCACUCCACGCCCGCCUCCCCCGCCAAGUGGAAGGGCAAGUUCGAUUCCAAGCAUGAACAUGGGGAACGGAAGCUAUCCAAGAAAUAUGAGAGAUACGUUGUUCGUCAAAAACGAGCAGAAGGAAAGAAGGACCUGAAAAAUUACCUUCUGUAUGGAAAGUCAACACCUCAUAUACAGGAUGGAAGUACGGGCAGCUUUGCUAAUUCACAUGAUAUUCCACGAUUCAAAACAUUCAGAAAAAGACAGGAUCACAGUUCAACAAAACCUCGACAAGGAGUACACCAUCAAAGAAAAGACAAAAAGGACAAGGCGAAGUUCUACAACUUUUUCUAUGAAGCCCAUUAUGUGAAUCCUGAAAAAGUUUUUGAGACCAUAUUUGGUGAGCAUCACCAGGGUUUUACCUGGUCCCAUGCAUCAUGGGAGGGUUUUCACUUCAGAGAUUCAUCGUUUGGAUUCAGACGGGCUGGUGAAUCACGAAGACAAAGAGUUGAGAGCGAAGACGAAAGCGACGACGACGACACCUGUGAGGCAGCCGGCGUCGGCUCACAUGCGCACAGGGUCACCCUUGGAUUGCCACCUCGUGGUCCACUAACCCUAGAUGAUGUCAAAACAGCCUUCCGCGCGUCUGCUCUGAGGUGGCACCCUGACAAGCAUCCGGGCUCUUCACAGGCGGUAGCCGAGGAGAAGUUCAAGCUCUGCGUCAAUGCAUACAACUCGCUCUGUACCGUCCUGAAGACUGCGUGAUAACCCCGUUCCUCCAUGUCAGAGUCGAGCGCGUGAUUUUGGCAAGAAAAUCGUUCCAUCUCUUGCCGGGAGUGGGGGCUCCUGAACCGGAGCUAGAGCUCUUCCCUGCACCCACCUGUUGUUUGUUCCUUUCUUCAGCAUUCGUUUUCUUUCACUAGAGAUUUGAGCCAGCCAACAGAGCCAAGCUCCGACUUCAUGGAAGGAGAUUGUGUUGUAACAUGUAGCAAUACGAAAUUAUACUACAACAUGUCAUUGUAAGCUGUAACAAGAAAUCCAGAUGGUUAUUUCAUAUCAUCUCUUGAUUUCGAAAUGGGGAAAUAAAAGGAACUUUCUCGAA